CGCCGCGUUGAACCCUUAAACACCCUUCUCUCUCUUGUUGUGUGGACGUCAAGAUGAUGGGACUUCGCAAGUGCAUGCUGGCCUUUGGUGUGGCAGCUGCUUUGGCAGCUCCCGCCCUGGCAGCGGACCAAGAGACGACCUUCCUGCAGAAGGAUUCCGACAGUGCCGUCACCAUCGCGGAGGAGGAUCCGAAGGUCGAUCCACGCUUCGUCUCACUCUUCGCAGGCUGGUUUGAUGUCAUGUGCGACCUGAUGUACAGGAAGUACAUGUACAACUAUGGCGCCUAUGUUCCACCGCCAUCCCAGCCGCCUCACCACCAUCAUCAUCAUCAUCACCAUCACCCGCAUUCCUCUGAAUCCUACUCCGACAGCUCCUCCGACAGCUCCUCUGACAGCUCCUCUGACAGCUCCGAAGAAGGCAACGACCGUCCGCCUCGUCCUCCCCACCACCCCCGCCCUCCCCACCACCCUCACCCUCCGCACCAUCCUCACCCGCCCCACCACCCGCACCCUCCUCGUCCGUCCAGCUCCUCCGAAGAACACAGCUUCUCUUCUGAGGACAACCGCCCACACCACCCUCACCCGCCAAUGAAGCCUUACCCUCCCAUGAUGCCCUACCCUCCCAUGAUGCCCUACCCCCCCAUGAUGCCCUACCCCCCCAUGAUGCCCUACCCUCCGAUGAUGCCCUACCCUCCUUUCUAUCCUCCCUCCAAACCCCCGCGUCCCACUCCGAAAGACCACACUGAGUCGAAGGUGAAUCCGGCAUAG